UCUUAGUUGGCCCGCUGUGAUGGCAAGCCCCACGUGUGCCUCCUGUGAGCUCACGCCUGUGCAUUCUCCCCGUGGCCUUCCUCUGUGAAAGUCCCCCUCGAGGUUUGGCACUUGAGGUUUGGCACUCUGCGUUAGUGGAGGAAGGAAGGGUAAUCAUUCUGGAUCAAACUAAAUUCCCGAGGGUUAGUGUGUGUUGUUACAGGACGUGGAGUGCAGGCCGCUCCCCGACAGACUGGCGUUUUGACAGGAAAGGCGAGAGAAAAGGAGGACAAAGGCGUUCCCCUCCUUACCUGAGUGCCGAGGGAGUGACGUCAGGCCGAGCCCCAGAGUAGCAUAUCUUGAAUUUCCACCCUGCAGAGGAGACGCCAGUGGAUGUGGGUAUCUCAGAUAAGCCGAGAGAGGAGGGGCGUGUGAGUCACCAGUGUGGGUGGGGAGGCAAAUUACUCCCCAAGAGAGAGAAAGAGAGAGGGGCAGUGUGAGCCAGGGGAGCGGGGCGUCGACUCCCACCACAGGGCCCUCUCGCCACUCGUCCUACGCACUUCUCACUCGUCCUGGGGGAUCUCUGGUCGUGUCCUGCCCUCCUUCCGCGUGGGGUAUCUCGGCAAGAGGCACCGGGGACGGAAAAUGAGCCGCGAGUGAGGGGAAAAAGUGUCUUUUGUGAGAGAGUGAAGGUUGGACGUCCACUCAGUGCAGGGGAAGAUGGCGACGUCCGUGCUGAGUCCGGUCAAGACGGAGGACCAGAUCCUGCAGGAUUCCAUGCUCGAGGAUGAUCCUAAUGACAAUUCGGCCACCAACGAGGAGGAGAAGACCAAGCCUCGCUGGGGGCCAUACCACAAGGGAGCCAAAGAGCUGGCCAGCCUGUACAGCAAAGGGAAACGCAUGCAAGAAAUCAUUUGCAUAUGCAUCUGCAUUACCUUGAUGGUCGUCAACAUGUACUUCAUGGCCAUGCACUUCAGGGUGGAGAAAGUGACGACCAUCUUCCUUGUCGCGUUAGCAGGGAUCUUCACCGCGGACUUCGCCUCUGGCCUCGUCCACUGGGCUGCAGACACCUGGGGCUCUGUCGAACUUCCGCUCUUGGGCAAGAACUUCAUUCGUCCCUUCCGUGAGCACCACAUCGACCCCACGUCAAUCACGCGCCACGACUUCAUAGAAACCAACGGGGACAACUUCAUGCUCACGCUCCCGGGUCUGAUGUCCAUGACCUGGAACUUCUGCACCAAGACCAACGAGCAGAUCCAGGCCAAUUACUAUUGGUUCUCGUACCUGUAUCUCUUGGCGAUUUUUGUGUCUUUAACGAAUCAGAUCCACAAAUGGUCACACACAUACUUCGGCCUCCCACGCUGGGUCACCAUAUUGCAGGACCUGCACAUCAUCCUGCCAAAGAGGCAUCACCGCAUCCACCACGUCGCACCACACGAGACUUACUUCUGCAUAACGACCGGAUGGCUCAACUACCCCUUAGAGAAGCUCAAGUUCUGGAUCUCGUUAGAGUACUUGAUUGAGAAGGUCACCGGCUGCAAACCCCGAGCAGACGACUUCAAGUGGGCACAGAAGAGAGAGUGAAGUCGGAGAGGAGGAAGGGAGGCGAAGGCGGCUGGGAGAGAGAGAGAGAAAUUGGUGGUUUAGGUUUUCAUUCGGAAAAGAGUGUCGAACGAUGGAACAUGGCACAAAUAUAGAGAAUAGAUGUAUAGGAAAGAGAGAGAUAUAUUUAUGUAUAGGGAGAGAAAUGGAGAAAGAAAGGGAUGUAGCACAAAAUAGAAUAAGAGAAAGCAAGUCUUUUGAAUGGAAAAAGGAUUCUAACAAGUGAUGCCUGGAUAGUACUGAAAAUCAUUUUAUAACUUAAAUACGAAGUUGGAAAAAGAGGAGAAAAGGGAGAAAGACAGAGAAAAGCAGAAAAAAACGGUUAAGAAAACAACUAAAAUGAUAUUUAAAAAAGAAAAAAAAAGGAAAUGUCAUCCUAUCAUAUAAA